AUGAGUGAUUUCGGAAAAUUCGAUGUAAGUCUGGAAGCUGAUGUUGAUCAGGCCCUAUCUGCAGAUGAUAAUUAUAUGUUGGAGACCUUAUUUAGAGUUUGCGAUGUACAAUCAACGGGCGAAGUCCGUAUAUCCAAGAUUAUUUCAUAUUUAAAACAGAAUGCUUUGCCUGAUACUACAGAGUCUGCGGAAGCUUUGGAAGAAUUGGCGAGACUAUUUGAUCCAGGCAAUGGAGACCCUCUCAUUGCGAAAGAUACGUACAAAAGAGUUAUACGCCGCUGGAUUUCAUCUCUUAAAUACAAAAAAAGUAAUUUCAGUUCAGAGUUUUCAGCAAAUGCAGUGGUGGGAAUUGAUCAUCAAACGGUACGCGCUGUGGUGACCUAA